CUAAGCCAUUAAAUCUGUGGUAAUUUGUUACAGCAGCAAUAGGAAACUAAUACAGGAUCUUAUAGGAAUCCAGAGCAGUGAAAAUGUACUGAGUAGCUGCAGAUUUCUCAGAAUUCAAGAGGGGGGUUGAGGAGAAGGAAAAUGGAUAAUUCUAAAUUAAAUAUGCCUUAUAUGUUAUUUGAAAUAAAGUCAAACAAUCCAAAUUGGCUAUGCAAACCCCUAAAUAGUAUAGGCAAGUAAACUACUUUUCAGGCAGGUAUGCGUAGAGAAAAGUACUUUUUGAGUCUUUCAAAUUCUAUGCUACCUCAUCCUCUAUCGAAUGAACCAAGAAACUGACACUUUGUUUCUGAGAUAACAGCUCAGUUGCCAUCAGAGAGUGAUCACAAGGCUCAUGAGACUGGACUUGGUUUGGCUCCUCUCACACCUCACAAGGAGCCAAGAGCAUCCCCAGUAACCUCUUUAAGGAGAAAGCACACCAUUGUAGUGAAUGCCUCUUUUACGAAGAGCAUAAGGUUGGAUUUGGGGCAUCUUGACAGGGGCAGGUGUCAGCAACAACAUGCCCAGCACCAGAUAUGCAGGUGGCUGAGCAGCCUCAUACGUAGGGUCCCAUCAUGGUGAGUCCACAGCACACCCCUGGGAAGAAACCAUAGUCAGGUGAGGCUAGCCACUGCUGGCUCUACAUCCCUGGGUGAGCAAUGCACCCAAGAUCCUCGGUGUGCUCGUCAGUGGGAUGCUGUAGGGUCUAAUUUCACUGCCGACACAAUGACUCAGAUGAAGGAAGAACAUGUGUACAAACAUGUGCCUAAAAAAAUUCCUCUCCAGGUUGUCCGAAGAAACAAGUGAGACAGAAAUUCUUCGCAGUGACCACAGCAGUGAUUAGUCCCGCUAAUAUCUAAAUCAGAUGGUGUCAGCUCUCUGCUCAAAAUUCUCUAGUGCUUUCUGACCUCUCGCAGAAUCGGAGCCUAAGUCCUAGCAAUGGCCCGUGAGGCCCAACAUGAGCUGUUCGCUCUCCCUGCCCCUUACGUCUCCCAUCUCUUGUACUUUUUCUCGCUCUCUCCACUCCAGCCACACUUGUCUUCUUAGGAUCCUCUAACUUAGGGGCUGGCAAACUUCUCCCGUAAGGUGCCAGGUAGUCAAUAUUUAUUUUUGAUUUUGUGAGCCAUACAGUCUUUGCUGCACUGACUCCACAAACACAGCCAUAGAUAAUACGUAAAUGAGUGUGGCUGUGUUCCAAUAAAAUUUCACUUACAAAAAUAGGCUGCAGGCCAUAGUUUGCCAAUGCCGGCUCUAACCCAUCAGUCACAUGUCCACCUUCACUGCCCUGCAUCUGUUGUUCCAAUAUACACAUGGCACUCUUCCCCUCACCAACUCACGUCUUCAUUUAGUGUCACUGUCUCGGGGAUCCCUGCCCAGGCACAUUAACAUGGCCACCCUCCUUAGCCCCCUUCUCUGCUUUGUUUUUUCUCUUUUGCUCUUAAUACCUUCUUAUAUACAAACACACACAAAAACGUAAAACUAUCUGUCUCUGUCUGACCCCCACUGACUAGAAGGUAAACGCCAAAAAGGCAGAGUAUUUUUUUUACUGCUGCCUCGUAUUCUCAGCUGCCUCGCACAUAGCAAGCACUCAAUAAGUAUUGAUUAAUCAGAUUUAUUACAAAAUGUAGAAGAAGCUAAGUCACCUCAAAAACACUACCCCAAAGUUUUCCAGCAUCUGGAAAGCCCCGGGUCAUUGGAUUAUGUCAUAAUCAGUGAUGUCAUUGUUGGAGAAAUUCUCAAGUUGCCCUCUGAUUUAAGCCUUUCAGGCCUUGAAGCCGGUGGGAUCAAGGAACUUUCUGAGAGCAAGAUGGCUCUUGAAAGCAUGUGGGCUCCACAGGCAGCAGUCAUAGGGGAUGGGCCUGCCAAGAGAGUGGGUGAACAGGCCUCCCUGAACACACAGGUCCUCCAGACUGCCUCCUUGAAGGAUGGCCCAGCGAAGCGAGCAGUCUGGGUCCGCCGUAACCAUUUGGAGUCAGAAGAACCUACUAAAUCAACGGCGGUCAAGAAGCCCAAGGCAGAGGUGACCAAAGCGGUGGUCGUGGAUCUUGGCACUGGCUAUUGUAAAUGUGGCUUUGCUGGGCUGCCAAAGCCCACCCACAAGAUCUCAUCGACAGUGGGCAAGCCCUACAUGGAGACUGCCAAAACUGGGGACAACCGCAAAGAGACAUUCGUGGGUCAGGAGCUCAUCAAUCCAGAGGUUCGUCUCAAGCUAAUUAACCCUCUGCGACACGGCAUCAUCGUGGACUGGGAUUCAGUGCAGGAUAUCUGGGAAUAUCUCUUCCAUCAAGAGAUGAAGAUCUCCCCAAAGGAGCAUGCAGUCUUGGUUUCAGACCCACCCUUGAGCCCACACACCAACAGAGAGAAGUAUGCUGAAAUGCUGUUUGAGACCUUUAGCACUCCUGCGAUGCACAUCGCCUAUCAGUCCCGCCUGUCCAUGUACUCCUACGGAAGGACCUCCGGCCUGGUCGUGGAGGUCGGCCACGGCGUGUCCUACGUAGUCCCCAUCUAUGAGGGUUAUCCUUUGCCCAGCAUCACUGGACGACUGGACUAUGCGGGCUCUGAUCUGACAGCCUACUUGAUGACCCUGAUGAACAAUUCGGGAAAACACUUCACCGAGAACCAGAUGGCCAUUGUGGAGGACAUCAAGAGGAAAUGCUGCUUUGUGGCCCUGGAUCCCAUCGAAGAGAAGAAAGUCCCAGCUACUGAGCAUUUAAUCCAGUAUACUCUGCCAGAUGGGCAGGAUAUACAGCUAUGCCAGGAAAGGUUCCUCUGCUCAGAGAUGUUCUUCAAGCCUUCUCUGAUCAAGUCCAUGCAGCUGGGCCUCCACACCCAGACAGUGUCCUGCCUUAACAAGUGUGACAUUGCCCUCAAACGAGACCUCAUGGGAAACAUCCUGCUCUGCGGGGGGAGCACUAUGCUCAGUGGUUUCCCUAACCGUCUGCAGAAGGAGUUGAGCAGCAUGUGUCCCAAUGACACCCCCCAGGUAAAUGUUUUGCCUGAAAGAGACACAGCAGUGUGGACAGGUGGCUCCAUCCUGGCAUCGCUUCAGGGCUUCCAGCCACUGUGGGUCCACCGCUCUGAGUAUGAGGAAAAAGGGCCUUUCUUCAUCUACAGAAGGUGCUUCUGAAAUCUGAUGGAGCAUGGUCGCUGUGGUUGCCAUGUGUCAGCUUUGCUGGGUGAGCACUCAUCCCACGUAUAGGGAGCUGAGCCAGCAAGUUCACUUCUGCAGUAUUAAACGAUCCUCCUGUUCCCCUUGACGGCGUGUUUCUCUAUUUCCUGACUUAAUGAAGGUGACACUUAGAAGGUGGUAAUCUAGUGAAGCAUACAAGUUUAUGGGGUGGCAUAGCGGGGGAGCUAAUUUUGCUUCCCAAACUUGUAGUCUUAAAUUACUAAAAACCAUCAGUUUUACGUUUAAAAACACCCUCUUCAAU